AUGAUCGACCGGCAGCGGCUCGGCCAAGUUUUCCUAGCGCUUCAGAUUUUUAUUCUCGAAGUAGUGGCCAAUGAAGAUAGCAUUUACACCCAGCCGGCCGAGCUGAUGCUAGCCGGAAAGCAACCCGAUUCGAUGUAUCCCUAUCAGAUGUCGUUGACGAGGAGUAAGCGGCAGUGCUGCAGCAUGUGCAAUAUGGGGGCCGGGGAUUGCGGGUGCGGCGGUUGCCCAAUGAUGUCGCGUCAAAUUGUGGCAAGCCCAGAGCCCGUCUGUCCGGCCAGAUGCAUGCCAAUGUGCACAUCGGCUUGCGUGAUGGGAAUUGAUCCGUCCAACUCGUGCAUCGCCCGUUGCAUGCCCGACUGCUCACCCAGCUGCAUCACCGCACCGGCAGCGUCGUGCAUCCAGGCGUGUAUGCCGUCGUGUAAUGCGGCUUGUAUCCGAGUCUCCGAACAAACCUGUAUCCAGCCAUGUAUGCCCCAGUGCUCCCCACAGUGCGUCCAGGCGCUGCAAGUAAAGACAAACUCCUGCGUACAACCUUGCAUGCCAAGCUGUAACGCCCAGUGCGUUCAAGCCGUUACUUGCAGUACCUGCACCAACAAUUGCCCUUCGUCGUGCACCCAGUUGACCUGUAUCCCCGAGUGUAUGCCAAGGUGCUUGCCACAAUGUCUACAACAAAUCAGCGUGGUACCCACCAGCACCUGUGAUUCGGCUUGUAUGCCGAGCUGCUCGAGGACCUGCGUCCAGAUGAUCGGCCAGUGUCCGCAGCAGUGUAGGCCGAUGUGCACGUCGGCUUGCGUUAAUGCGGUGCCAAUCCGGGCCACGUGCGUCGAGCCUUGUAUGCCGUCGUGCAACCCGAUUUGCGUCCAGCAAUUCUCCUACCAACACUCUCCAGUAGUAGCCGCCGCGCCGGCCGUCUGCAUCGACCGGUGCAUGCCGGACUGUAGGGCCACCUGUAUUUCCGAGGGUCCACUGGAAUACCCCGUUCCGGUGGUGACCAACGCCCUGGGCGAGUCGAUCGAGCCCGUGACGAUGGGUCCCGAUUAUGACUUGGUAGUGCUUAAUGCGACCUGUGCCCCCGAGUGCAUGCCCGUCUGUGCCCCGGCCUGCAUCGCCCGAUAUACGCUCUCGAUCCCCGCCACGCAAGGCUCCUGUGCGCAGAGCUGUAUGCCAAUGUGUCUGCCUAGCUGCACCCAGAAUCUCCUCGGUGGUAUUUCGCUGAAGAAGCGCAAGGAAGAGAAGAAGGACCCGGAAUCGAAGAAAACUGUC